UAGUAUCUGAGGUUAACCAAAAUCUCACCGAAACUUAUUUUAGAUUCACUGUGUUGGUUGGAAAAACGUAAAAACAUUUUUGGGUAGAUUUAUAUUUUAUUCGAUAGAAGCAGAACCAAUGAGGAAAUCAACCAGAAGGCUUUAAAAUAUAAAUGUGUACCUACUUCUCUGAUCAGAUAUUAAUGUCCAUUUUUGUUAACAAUCCUUUCUGAAGAACUUAUAGUCUUUGACAAAGCACCUAUUGGUAAUUCGUCCAGCUUGCGUAAAGGCAGCGUUAUUAUAAGUAUGAAAGGAACUGCCUGAAUGGUUUUCAUAUUACAACAACAAACAUGAGUGUUGUGAGGACGUGCUUAUACUUGCUGGUGUUAUUAGUGAAUUUUAACCAUGCAGUGGGCAAGCCAAUGUUCGGCGGUUUGUUCUGGUGUGACAUGUUCUGCGAUGAUGACUAUGAUGACGUGAGCACAACGACGAGCACCAGCACAGAGGAUAUGUUUGACUUCUUCGAUGUCUGCGCCGGCUGCCCUACGGCAAGACCUUCCACGAGAAGACCGAUAAACAACUUCCCUCCUCUAAACUUUGAAAUACCACCAAACACCGGCAUGGGUGUUACUGUAUCCAACAGGAAUGGUUCGUGGUUUAUGAAUCUGAAUCCCUGGGCGUCACGUAACAGUACACCGUUACCCGCAGCUCCUACUGGUGCCGCCGCCACUACAGCGGGCGGUGGUGGAACUACUACCGUUGCUACUACUACUGCUAAGAAGUAAUAGUUAUAACAACAUUAAAUCGCCAAAGCCAUUUAGAAAGUAGACCUAUGUAUAGGUAUACAGAUUAAGUAACCUCCGUAAAGAUGAAGCCUCAUUGACGUAAACACAGUAAUACGACAAAAUUGACAUCCCUAUCAAUCACUUU